AUGACUAUUACCUCUGACACAUAUAAAGAGCCCGUCCAUAUCGGCGUCAUCGGCGGCACCGGCUUGAGCGAGCUCCCUCAUUUCACGAAAGUCGCAACCCUCAUUAUCACAACCCCAUGGGGCGAACCGUCCUCGCCGAUUUCAAUCCUUCACCACACCUGUUCCACUAGCGGCAAGGUUGUCCCAAUCGCAUUCAUUAGCCGACAUGGCCUUCAUCAUCAGCUUUCUCCUCACGAGGUUCCAAGCCGUGCCAACAUUGCUGCUCUACGAUCUAUCGGAGUCCGUAGCGUUGUAGCAUUCUCUGCGGUUGGCAGCUUGCAAGAAGAAAUUAAGCCCAGAGAUUUUGUGGUUCCUGACCAAGUAAUUGACCGUACCAAAGGAGUUCGGCCAUGGACAUUCUUUGAGGAUGGAAUUGUAAAUCAUGUUGGAUUUGCAGAUCCGUUCGACGAGAAAAUGGCCAAAGUUGUUAGGGCUUGCGGCCAUAGUCUGGAGGGGGAAGGAGUCAUUCUUCACGACCGUGGCACUUUGAUAUGCAUGGAGGGUCCACAGUUCAGCACCCGCGCGGAGAGCAACCUCUACCGUAGCUGGGGUGGCAGUGUUAUCAACAUGUCUUGCUUGCCAGAGUCCAAACUAGCACGUGAAGCGGAAAUGGCAUAUCAGAUGAUCUGCAUGUCAACGGAUUAUGAUUGCUGGCACUGCGGCACUGAGGAUGUCACCGUCGAAAUGGUCAUGGGCAACAUGAAAGCAAACGCUGUAAAUGCGAGAAAUUUCAUCAGCGCUGUCUUGGACGAACUGACUAAGGACGAACAUGAAGACCUAGUUAAGGGGAAGCACCUUGAAGGUAGCGCAAAAUUCGGCUUGAGUACGAAACCUGGCAACAUCAGUGCCUCGGCACUUUCUAAGAUGUCGUGGCUGUUCCCUGGGUACUUUUCUAACUGA